AUGAGCCGCAAAUUUCUAGUUGACAAGGUGGGUAAAAGGCAGAGAAGAGCUAAUCCGAUAGUUCUAGAUGGCGGCGAUGAAGUGGUUGCUUUGCUGGAGUCCUCUGAUGAACUGAUUCUGCAUGGUAUAAGCCAAUUACGUUUAACGGUAGUUUUAGGAGUCAUCUACGACUGUAAUGACGAUUGCGUUCAUGAUGCAAUACAUCAUGGCGACGAGGCCUUUGACAUUUUCGUCAUGAGUCUGCUUGGAAACUAUCAGUAA